UACUCGGCUGUUACGUGACGUAAGGGGGCGGAGUAAAAUUGGAAUAAUCAUGCGAGAUUUAUUUCUUAAUGGAGAUUCGCACGACAGUAUAGAGAAUUGACAUACAUCACAGUUUAGGCUACUGGCACAGUCAGCAAGGCUAUUUUCUGCCUUCUGUCUCCCCUGUGUGUCGAUUUUGGUUAGAAAUGAGUAAUGUUGGAAGAACCACGGCGGCUACGCAAGCUCUUCGGAUAUCAUCACCGGAAAAGAUGAUUACGCUAAAGUGAGAGGUUUGGAACUGAGGCGGCAAUGCCGUUUUAGUCGAGAGAACUUGGCUAACCAGGAGACUGCUUGAGAAUGUCGGCUCGUGGGGAAUCGAAAUAAAAAAUGCAGAAUGUUGACUCAACAUAUGUUAAAAGAAAUCUGGACACUGUUCCCAAUUUCGUGGGUAACAGAACUCCGAUAUCUACUGCCAAACCGUAGCAAGUGAGGAGCGAGCAAAGAUGCCUGCAGUGACCGUGACCGGAGAAGCGCCCUUUCUCAACGUGGGUGGGAGAGAAGAGCAGCGUCCCUGUAAACCCUCCCUCCCCAGCUCCCUGUGUCGAGAGUCACACUGGAAAUGCCUGCUCCUCACGCUGCUCAUGUUCGGCUGCUUUGGCACGCUCAGCUGGUGCUCUCUGUACCGAGUCACCGUCAUGGCCGCCGACGACCACGGCCUCUACUACGGCGGCCGAGCCCGGCUCUACCACGACAGCCCCUGCUCAAACGGCUACGUCUACAUCCCCGUGGCCUUCCUGGUCAUGCUCUACAUCGUCUACCUGGUGGAGUGCUGGCACUGCUACUCCAAGACGGCCUCGCUGGCGAGGGUGGAGAUUAGCCAGGUGUACGACCGCGUCCAGAGGCUGCAGCAGGCCAUGCCCUGCAUCUGGUGGAAGGCCAUCAGCUACCACUACGUCCGCCGGACGCGUCAGGUGACGCGCUAUCGCAACGGCGACGCCUACACUACCACGCAGGUCUACCACGAGCGGGUCAACACGCACGCCUCCAGCUCCGAGUUCGACUACACCCGGCACGGCGUGAAAGACGUUUCCAAGGAGCUCCUGGGGCUUCUGGAACACGCCGCUACCCGCCUUCGCUUCACCAAGUGCUUCUCCUUCUCCUCCGCCCGUGCCGAGGCUGCCUACCUCACCCAGCGUGCUUGCUUCUUCGCCGACAACGAAGGUCUGGACGACUACAUGGAGGCGCGCGAGGGCAUGCACCUGAAGAACGUCGACUUCCGGGAGAACAUGCUGGCGUUCCCCGACCCCGCGCAGCAACCCUGGUUCUCCCGACGACACGUGUUCUGGCUGGCCUCUGCCCUGCUCUUGUCCUGGCCACUGCGCGUCAUCUCAGAGUACCGGACUGCCUACGUCCACUACCACGUUGAGAAGCUUUUCGGCGAGAACGAGGACGCCAACGACAACGACAGCGCUGAGGCGGGGAGCUACCGUCACGGUCUGGGGGCACGGGAGCGCGGAGGCCCCAGGCUGCGCGUCAUCUCCAGGGUCAACACGGUGGACAUCACCGAACUGGAAUGGCACAUUCGCUGCAACCAGCAGAUGGUCCCCAGUUACUCCGAGGCGGUGUUGAUGGACCUCAACACCAGCACACUGGCGCCCACGCCGCACAACCUGACGAGGAGGAACUCCAGCUACGUCCUCCAGAGCUGCCCCAGGUGCUGCAGGUCCACCAGCAGCUCCUCGCUGCCCUCGCGCGUCAGGGGCAACGUUGCGAUGGGCGCCGGGUCUUUGCGGAGCGGGACGGUGGGGAGGAUAGGGGGCGGAGGGAGGCUGGCUCUCAGCCGUAGCGUGUUCUCUCUGGGGCGCCUGCACACAGUGCGUCAGGCCUGCCUGUUCCACUCCAGGAGCCUGGGCGGAGGACUGGGAGGCCGGGGAGACGACGGGGGAGGAGGGGGAGGGUUUCUUGGGCUGCGGAGGACCAACGAGGAGGGCAGGGGGGUCCUGGUGGGAGACGGAGACGAAGAGGAUGAGAACGAGGUUCGGCUGCAGGAGGACGGGGAGCAUGUGGAGGGAGGGAGGUCAGAGGUCAGGGAGGGGCUAACGGAGAGGCCUCCAGCCUAUCAGGAAGCUCUCCACUUCCCCGUUCUUAUCGUCCACGGUGAGGAGAGCUGUCAUGGAGGCGGAGACCUGGACACGGGAUAGUCCCUGCGAUUGGUUAGGGUGAUAUACACUGCGAUUGGCUAUGGUGAUAUACACAACUGAAACUAUGGAACGAGAAAGAGUAGAAUAAGGAAGUAGAGGGACGGUCUGUGUGUGGAGAUGAGGACAAGAUUGGAAUGCUGUUAGAUGGUUGAAUUGAAUGGUUUAGACACGGUGACCGGAAAACACAAUCUGGCCCUGUAAGGUUGACCUUCCUUAUCCGAAAAAUGGGUUGAAGUUUGAGAUUAUAACAAGACUGUUGUGAGGGACAAUGUCAAAUGUCUUCUGUGGCACACAGUGCACGAGUUGCACUUUUAUGUUAUAGUACAGAACCACACACAACUAUGAAGUGAAUACCAGGGGAAAAAGUACCAUCAGAACUACAAAAUGGCCGCCUUCGUACGAAACGGAAGCUGUUCUUUGCAUGUUUCCUCCAGCAUCAACAGAUGUGUGACUCAGUGAAAUGUUAGGUUGUCUAAGAGGCUCUCUGCAUUUAGGUGUUAGGUGGCAGGUCGGAGAAGGUAGUUGUGAAGGAAAGACAAGUUAAGCUUUUCAAGCCGAAUCUGCAAAUUGGUCUCUGUAAAGAAAACAAUGUGGUUAUAGUUAAACGUUCAGGUUGCACAUGGACAGAACAAUUGUAAUGCAGUAGAUUUACCUUCAGUAUAUCAAUAUUAAAACAUAUUUAACAUAGAUAAUAUAGUGACGUCAUCAGAAGCAGCAUGAUUGCAUAGACAGUCCAAAACUCAACAAUCCUCUUAUAACUAUACCUGCCAAACAGGAUGGCAGUAAUGACAUGUGAUCAGAAACACACAGUAUAGGAACAUCCAGACGCAAAAUGUUCACCUACAGGCGUAUUAAUUUAGAUCAUUCAGUAGUAUCUAAUAGUAUACAAACGUCCUCCGUAGUGAUGCGAUGAGUCCUGAAGGGUCCUACUGGAGAUCAGAGCUGGUGCCAUGGCUGGGUGGGAUGAAGACGCGUCCGGUCCUUGCUGUCCCAGCUGGACCAGGGGGGGACACGGUGGACAUAGCAGGGGGAGGACGCACGUCCAGCGGGCAGAGCGGGAGAGAGAUCGCACCUGAGCGACUCAAAUUGCUCCUUCUCUGUUCUUCCUGAAACACGACACCCCUUCCCCCCCCCCCUUUUCCAAAUCUCGGUCACGUGUCUUUCUCCACUUUUAUAAAGCAUCGGGGUUCCUCCAAGUCUCAGGUAUACCCACUGUGACAUCACCGUGUGAGGUCAGCUGGGUUGCAGUCCCAUAUCCGCUGUCCCAUAUCCACAUUCUCUCGUCUUUCUGUUGGUCCCAUCAACAAUACUGUGUGUGAAGAAACCUUGACGCAUAUCAUCAAAUAUUGUCAUAUUUGUUAAUGUUGCAAGUAGAAAAAAAUUAUCUGAAUAUCUCUCUGUCUGUCACUGUCAGAUAGCUCUGGUAAUUCAGAAAUUUCUGAGGAAUUGGUAUAGCUCAGUGAGAGAGUAUUUGACUGUGUAGCUAGGUUAAGAUUCCACAUUGUACAUCCCUUUGGAGAAAAGCACCUGCUAACUGAAUACAUUCAUUGUCGUGAUCUAGAUUAGUUUACUCGGCACACAAAUCAACAUUACCCGCUCAGUGUAAUGUGGUUUAAAUAAACGUAUCGUGUCCAAGCACAACUAAACACAGUAAAUACCAAUACCCAGAUACAGACCAGCACGCUAAUAUGCGCUCUGCUGUUCAUACAAACGCACCUACUUUAGGUGCAUGUUUUUAAGCACAAUCUUGCUUAAAGUUGUCUCAAUCUCCUAGCACGAACAUUUUAACAGGUAAUUUCCUAUAUUGAACAGUAAUCAAGUACUGGCAUCGUUAAGCACCACAGUGAAGUCAGUGUGUGUAACGCUAACCCUAGUGAAAUACAAAAGCACAUCAAAUCAUGACAAUGACUAUGGAAACUCAUUAAUUAUUAACUAUUACAAAUCCAUAUUGAAUGUGAUCAUGUUGAGUAUGGUAGUGGCACAGAAGCACUAAUAAAGU